UCGAAGACUUCGAAGAAUCUACACCAAGCUCCGAUUCUAGCAGCCAACGAUUCUCAAGUUUCUCAACCUGUUAAAAAGUUUGUUGCUUAGAAAAUAUGAGACGAACACGUCACGUAGUUUUGCCAGUGAAAUCCUGGCAAUACAUAGGAUUGAUGGUGGUUUCAUUAGCAUGCUUAACACUUGGACUUGUGUCACGAGACCGUGAAGGAAAAUCUGGAAGUCUUACUGGUCCUGAAUUAAAGCAUAAUGCACCACAUGAAGUUGAUGCUUGCCCAAAUAUACCUCCAUUUGUUCUUGAGCCGGCUUUCACUUCUAUGUUAAAUGAAAAAACAAGUGAAAUUAACAACAACCUACCAACAGACCAAUUGAAAGAAAAUACUCAAGAAAAUUUAGCAUCCACCACUCGGGAAAUAAUCGCAAAUGAUCGAAGAUUGAUGAACUAUCGAUCUAGAGAUGCAAGAAAGGUACGAACAACACUAGAGAAUAGAAGACUGGCCCGAUCUAGAGACAGAUCUACACGAAGUUCAAGAUCAGUAUCAGUUGAUCGACGUAUCUCUAACACUAUCCGAACACGAGAAUUAUCAACUCGGCGUGAAAGUGAAGCUGCACGUCUCCAAGAACGACGAGUUCGUGAUAUGAGAAGUUCUGAACGACAAAAUAGAGAAAACCGACUGAUUGAUACUCGAAGAUUGAAUUCUCGAUCACUAGAUCGUGUUUCUGAAAGAGUAACAGCUGAUCGUUUAACAAAAUCUAUUCGAGAAUCUCAAGACCGACGAUCUACUGAGCGUCGAGAAAAUAGAAUAAAUAUUUCUGAACGACGAGAACAAACUCGAAGUCGAACAGUACCUUCACUAGAAUCUCGGUUAUUGUCUCGAUCUCGAUUGGAAAGGACUACUGAUAAUACUCGUGAACGACGAUCUGUAGAAAGACGUGAAACUCGAAAUGUAGAUCAUCGUCAACGACAAGUAGAAUCUCGAUUGUUAGCUCGAUCUCGAUUGGAAAGGACUACUGAUAAUACUCGUGAACGACGAUCUGUGGAAAGACGUGAAACUCGAAAUUUAGAUCGUCGUCAACGACAAGUAGACCGAGUUUCAAGGUUAAAUCAUCAAGAACGGAGAUCUAUUGAACAUCCCAAUGAACGAUCUCGUAUUUCUGAUGCUAAUGCAAGAACCUGGGUUGAAUCUUUACGUCGUAAUACUCGCAGUGUUUCUUUAGAUAUCAAUGAAAAUCGUUAUCAACGAACAGCUCGGGAUACUUCUCGAGACCGAAGAAGGGUAAUUCAAGAUGAGCGACAGUCCAGAUUAGAAAAUCGAAUUGAUGAACGUACAAACCGUAUUAAUAAACGAAAAACAAACUACCUCACACCUAUGCCUAAUCAACUAAUUGCUAAACAAACUUUUAAUGUUGGAAAAUAUGAAUUCUUACGUCAAACAUUCGUACUAGCUCUUUGUGCUAUUUACACAGCUUCACUAGUUCAAGGAAAAAAUGGAUUUCUAAGGAACAUGUUAAAUCAAGCUAAUCGACUUACUGUAUGGUAAAGCACGAAUAUCCUCUAUCUAUCUGAUUAUUAUAAUUAGACAUAAUCGACGUUGGCACCUCUAAAAACCUUGAAUAAUCAUCUUGAGCUAACUCUUCUUUUAUCUUAAAGUAUAAUGGUAUAUUAAUUUAUCAGUAGUCGUAGCUAAUGAGUCUUUAGAAACUUGUAGUUUAUGUAUUCCUCUUUACAACCAAAAGAUCAAUGUGAUAAUUAUAACAACAAAUAGUUGAUAUGCUAAUGUAUCCUAUUUAUGCUAAAUGUAAUAAUAAAAAUAUUUUUUUGUGUGAUUAAAAAA